CCUACACGUUAUACAAUCGACCAUGCCCCGCGCUUCAAAGCCGCCGGUGAAAGCUGCAUGCCUUGCCUGUCGCUCGUCAAAGACUCGCUGCGAUGGUGAGAGACCGUGUAGAAGUUGUUUGAGCAGAGGCCGAGAAUGUCAUUAUCAGCCAAGUCGCCGUGGUGGGCCCCGAAGAGGCAUCCGCUAUGCAGAGCUCCAGCAGCAUCGUCUUUCAGCGGAUGAUCAGGGUCCACAGAAUCUAUCGUCGCCCUCGGAGAUUGAUGAAAGCUUCGGUAAGGUUUACCGGAAUAGUGGAGAAUUCAACAAAGAUGUUCCUAACACUGAUGGGACGCGGCAACUCUGGGGUCAGCUCACGCCAAGUGCAGAUGACCCGUUUGGGUCGACGUCGAUUCCAGAGGCAGAGCCUUCGGCUGUCCGAUCAUACCGGUGCGAAGAAGAUAUCGCCAACGCAUACUAUAUCUACAUACAUCCAUAUCUUCCCUUGCUGCCGCCAUCGGUAGUACCGCAACGGGAAGAUCAACCUACUCUCAGUCGCCCAUCAAAAGAGACCAAUGAAGCUAGAAAGACCGACUUGCCUUUCUGGCCACAAUCUUCCCUUAGCCUUGCAUUGUCCGCCCUACUUGUCCUGAUACCACCUUCCCAGGGUCCGUUCUCGAUGACCGAGGCAAGUAUAGUUCUUAGGCGGACAUAUGCUCAGCUCUUUGCACAAGCUGCAUUGGCAAGCGUGGAAAAAGAGAUUGAUGAUAUAGGGCCUACAGUACAUUUGAACGCACCUGGUUCCUGUCUGUCUCAAGGACACAGCCCAUUACAUUCUCAGGUGCCUCUUCAGCUUGAGCCUAUUCUGGCGCUUGUCGUGCUUGCGAUUUAUGAGUAUUGUCAGCGUGGUAACGUCUCAAGGAUGCGGGGUCGUAUUAAUCAAGCUGUUACCACGGCCAUGGAUAUCUCUCUCCAUCAACUUGGCUCGACAAGUACAGAAGCCUCAGAGGCACAAAGACGUGGGUGGUGGAUAACAGUGAGUUUUCGUGCACUGGCUCUUGAUCUAAAUUCUAAUGAAUCCCCAGAUGUUUGUGGCUUAUCUUUCCUCGAAUCUCCACCUGGCGCACAGCCCUGGGCUCUUUUGAUCAAAGCUCAGCAGACUCUAUAUUCAUCCAAUCAAAUGGUCCAACGAAUCGAGCGCAUUACGAACCAAACGCCUCCUCCUGACCUCGGCACGCAGAUCAAAAGCUUGGAUGAUGUGAUCACCAAUUUGAUGACACAGUCUGAUCAAUACCUUCGGUAUACUUUUGAUGAGGACGGGGAAGGUCUUAUAGCUGAGAACAUGUGGAGGAUUAGCAGAAUUGUGAUCUAUACUGCUCGCGCCCGCUUGCAUCGAUUCCGUGCCUUCAUGGACUUUCCACUGUUCCUAGACAGAUACUGUCACCUCGCCUCUAUAAACACCCAGUACCCUAGCUCAACACCCGUGCCCUCUCCAUCCUGGGUAGAGGAUCGAAAU